GGGGCUGCUCGUGAUUGACUCUGAACGCUGACAAGAACGGUCGCUAGGCAACAACACGCGUCGAGCAUCUGGGAUUGGCUGCGAUGGAGGGCCAGUCAUAUACGGCUACAUAGUCGGAGGGGCGGUGCUAAUUGAUCUACAGCCAAUCCGUGUAGGGACCACAGGAAGAGGGCGGGGUGUCGUCUUUGCCAAUAAGAAGUGCAAGAAGGCGGGUCUGACAGUCAGUCGACUGCUGCGGCGCCAUGAAUAUCUUACCCAAGAAGAGCUGGCACGUCCGGAAUAAGGACAAUGUCGCUCGCGUGCGGCGUGACGAGGCCCAGGCCAGAGAGGAGGAAAAGGAGCGUGAGCGGAGAGUGCUACUCGCUCAACAAGAGGCCCGCACUGAAUUCCUACGGAAGAAAGCCAGGAGUCACAGCACACUGCCUGAACUUGAAGCUGCAGAGGCAGGAGUUCGAAGUUCUGGCCCUGUGGACCUGUUCCGGGAGCUGCUGGAAGAAGGGAAAGGGGUGACCAGAGGCAAUAAGGAGUAUGAGGAAGAAAAGCGACAAGAGAAAGAGAGGCAAGAGAAAGCACUGGGCAUCCUGACGUACCUGGGCCAGAGUGCAGCAGAGGCCCAGACUCAACCCCCUUGGUACCAGCUCCCCCCAAGGCAAAAGGACCCCCCGCCUGGCCCAGCCCCAGAUGAGAAGACCAAGAGCCAUCUAGACCCCUUACGGGAGAUGGAGAAGCAUCUGGGAAAGAAGAGGAAGCGCAGCACAGAAGAACACCAUCCUGCCAGAGAGAAGGAAGAGUCUGGGAAACAACGCCCCAGAGAGCCCCCAACCCUGGACCAGCUUCGGGCUGAGCGUCUUCGGAGGGAAGCAACGGAAAGAGCACGGGCAGAGGCCUUGCUGGCCCGGCUCCAAGGCCGGGCACCCCAGGGUGAGCCAGAGGAGGAAGAGACAGAUGACCGACGCCGGCGGUACAACUCCCAGUUCAACCCCCAGCUGGCCAGGCGCCCCCGACGGCAGGACCCCCCUCUUGCUCGCUGACUUUGGCGGGGGGGGGGGGCGGGGGUAC